AAAACAAAUCCAUCUAGAAGUUCUUUUUAAUUAUUCUGACUCCUAUAAAUUUCCCCAAAAAUACUUUUCCUAUUUUAUUUUCCAUUAUAAAUUCCAAUUUCUAUGUUCUCCAUUCAUCACCACCCAUUUUUACGUUUUCAAAACCACCAUUUUCUCUCUCCUUCAUUAUCACUACCACCAUUUUCGCUUCUUCCCCGUCUGAGUUUUAUUCCUUCACUUUCUCUCUCAUCAUCUCACAUGGGAACUUUGAAACCCGAAACUCAACCCGACUCCGAAUUCAAACUCGUGGGUUACUCCAACUUCAUUCGGGUUAACCCCAAAUCUGACCGUUUUACUGUUAAGCGUUUCCAUCAUAUAGAGUUCUGGUGUGGCGAUGCAACCAAUGUUAGCAGACGCUUUUCUUGGGGUCUUGGAAUGCCUAACGUUGCUAAAUCUGACCUUUCUACUGGAAACUCUGUUCACGCUUCUUUUCUUCUUCGUUCCGGUGACCUUUCUUUCCUCUUUACGUCACCUUACUCUCCUACCAUGUCCAUCCCUUCUUCUGCUGCAAUCCCCUCGUUUGAUUUCAAUCAUUUUACCAAGUUCGUUACAUCGCACGGUCUUGGCGUGCGUGCUGUUGCUGUCGAAGUAGAAGACGCAGAAGCUGCUUUUAAUAUCAGCGUUUCGCACGGGGCUAUCCCCUGUGUUUCUCCUAUUCACUUGGAAAACGGUGUCGUUUUAUCUGAGGUUCAUUUAUAUGGGGAUGUUGUGCUUCGUUAUGUAAGCUACGGAAAUGAAUGUGGGGAUGUGUUUUUUCUUCCUGGGUUUGAGCAAAUGCCCGAGGAAUCAUCGUUUCGAGGACUUGAUUUCGGCCUUCGAAGGUUGGAUCAUGCUGUAGGGAAUGUCCCUGAGUUGGCUCCUGCAAUUGCUUAUUUGAAGAAGUUUACUGGGUUUCAUGAGUUUGCUGAGUUUACAGCUGAAGAUGUUGGGACGAGUGAAAGUGGGUUGAAUUCAGCUGUAUUGGCAAAUAAUGAUGAAAUGGUGUUGUUUCCAAUGAAUGAACCUGUGUAUGGGACAAAAAGGAAGAGUCAAAUUCAAACUUAUUUGGAGCAUAAUGAAGGAGCUGGUGUACAACAUUUGGCUUUGAUGAGUAAAGAUAUAUUUUGGACUUUAAGGGAGAUGAGGAAGAGAAGUAGUCUUGGUGGGUUUGAGUUUAUGCCGUCGCCGCCUCCGACUUAUUACCGGAAUUUGAGGAACAGAGCUGCUGAUGUAUUGAGUGAGGAGCAGAUGAAGGAGUGUGAAGAGUUGGGGAUUUUGGUGGAUAAAGAUGAUCAGGGUACUUUGCUUCAAAUCUUCACUAAGCCUAUUGGUGACAGGCCAACCAUAUUUAUCGAGAUUAUCCAAAGAAUUGGUUGCAUGAUGAAAGAUGAAGACGGCAAGAUGUACCAAAAGGGUGGUUGCGGAGGAUUUGGAAAGGGAAACUUUUCGGAGCUUUUCAAAUCAAUUGAGGAGUACGAGAAGACUCUUGAACGUAAACAGGUUCCAGAAACAGUUGCUACAUGAGCUGCCUAAAAUAUUGUUGUCUUGCAGGCUGCAGCCAUAUAAUGGUAAUAUGUUAGAACAGGUUUGUUGCUUGGUCCGAUGCUCAACUUGCAAAAUUUUCUUUAUCAAAUAAUGAAGUGUAAACUUAUACAAACUGUGUCACAUGGUGAUUGGUGAUCAUCGUUUAUGUAGAAUGUAUAACAUAAUUGAUAAUCUGUGUAUAUGAUAAAAACUUUCAUACUGUGAAGUCAUUCCGAUGGAAACACUCAAGUGGUGAGUAGCCGAGGCUGGUGAUGCUGAAGCCGAGUCGGUAUUUGGAUCAUCAUACAAUUAUAGUGCAAGGAUAGGAAUGAAGCAUGUAAACAGCUCGUUAUAGUUUUUUCCAGUCAUGUAGAUGUUUUCAUCAUCAUCAUACCCAGUGUAUCCCGUUCAUACAAAACUAUGGACAGGGUCUGGGGAGGGAAGAAAGACAGCAACUCAUAUCCAUAAAAGUGAGUGCGGUCAAAGAGUCCCUCGGCUCGAGAAAGGUUUUCAAAGAGUGAGAAACCUACAACUUAUAAAUAGAAGAAAGAGAAUACGUACAAUUAACUAAAAGUAAAGAUAAAGGUAAAGAAGAAAGUAAAGAGCGAUGAUUAAAGGCAAAGAACAAUAGCAAACGAUGGGUAAAGGGACGAGUUUAGUAAUCUAAGACACAUUCGUGUAUGUCACUCUUAAUCUGUUCCUCCCACGUUCUCCUAGGUCUUCCUCGACUUAUCUUGCCCUCUACUAUGAUGCAUUCGAUCAUUCUUACUGGGGCGUCAUGUGUCUUUCUCUACACAUGCCCAAACCAUCUCAAUCUGUUCUCCCGCAUCUUUGCGGAGAGGGGUUGCGUGCAACCCCUAACUUCUCCGUGAACUUUUGGUUUCUUAUCCUAUCCAUCAUAGUAUUACCACACAUUCACCGCAAUAUGCGCAUUUUUAUUAGUUCCAUCCUCUAUAUGAAAAGCUUCUUUACGGGCCAACAUUCUAUCCCGAACAACAACGCCGGCCUAAUUGCAAUGCGGUAAAAUUUACCUUUUAAUCUUCUCGGGAACUUUUUAUCGCAAAGCACUCCGAUUGUUGCUCGCCACUUAAGUCAACCCACUUUUAUAUGGCUAGUAACGUCCCCAUCAAUCUCCCCAUUACUCUGAAUCAUCGAUCCCAAAUAUUUGAACUUGGACGUAUAUGCAACAACUUCCCACCUUAUGGUCACCUCUGGCUCGCGUAUCGAUUAUGUCCUAAUGAAAUUGUAUUGCAAGUAUUCUGUCUUCGUACGGCUUAUGCGCAACCCUUUACCCUCCAAGGCUUCCCUCCAAGGAAACCCCUUCAUAUGGUCUCCCACAUGGAUUUAGAGAUUUCCUUCAUAUUGACCGUAAAAAUGAAAGGACUUAGUGCUGAUCCCUGAUGUAAUCCCACUUUAAUUGGGAAAGACUCUGUCAUACCCACCGGAGUAUGUAUGUUAGUCGACACUCUAUCAUACAUGUCUUGUAUUACCCCAAUGUACCUUUGUGACAUACCUCAAAAGAUGAAUUGCCUCGGUGGUUGAUCUUCCCGGCAUGAAUCCGAAUUGAUUCUCUCUAAUUACCGUCUCUCGUCUAAUUCUUUUCUCAAUCACUCUUUCCCGCAGUUUCAUAGUGUGACUUAGAAGUUUGAUCCCUCUAUAGUUCUCGCAUACUUGUG